UUUGGUUGACCGUGUUGAUUUGCUCCGUGCUCCGCAUCAAUUUGGGCCGUUCGUCGUAAAUUUGUGUGUUUGGCCAGACGAAGGCAAGUUCCGAUCAGAUAAGAACGCGGAGUCCACUCGUGAAAAGUGUUGACGACACACGGCGCUUGGGGUUGCCGGAUUCAGCGGUCCCAGACUUCAGAAAUCAUCGUCAAAUCGCGGGAGUCGUCGGGCGCAGGGUUGGAUUGCGUGCCCGUCUAGUGAGCCGCCACAUCGAAGCCCGCGCGGGAAAACCAGCUUAUUACGGACGCAGGUGAAAUAUCGAAUUCGUCAAGAUUCCUGCCCUAAAAGGAUCCGGCGCGAUGGGAAAGGACAUUGAUCCGGCCGACAUAGGCAAGCACGCGGACCUGAUCAAGAAGGCGCAGGCCGACAUUAGCUCCUCGGAUGUGCUGGUUUGCGGUCGCUGUAAUACCGUCUUCCAUCUGCUGGAGCUGUUCCGGGCUCACAAGGAAAAUGAACCGAACUGUCGGCGUUCUGCGACCAGUGUGCAGGAUUGCGACGAGGCACAGGCCAAGGUGUGGGCCUUUCUGCUGUGGAAAUCGGCCCAACGGAGCCUGACGACAGCCAGCGAAGGCGACAAACCGAACCAAAACAACUCGUGGAAGCUGUACCAGACUUGGGUGAAGCUGGAUGAAUCGGUCCGAGACACCUGGAUCGUUGCCGGCAAAACUAUUCAAUCAUUCGCAAGGAUCGGUAGUGGAAACCUGCAGGAAAUGCCAGUAAAAAUUACCAAAACGAUUCUGGAAACAUCCACCGAUGCAGCGGACAAGAAACCAGGAACACCGGGCUCGGUCAAUCGUGUUGCGCCCCACCUUCGGAAACCGGGCGAGCUGGCGAACCGUCCCGCACUGUCGCCACUCGAUCCUAAGCGUGGUACCGUGACCGGCACACCGAUAAAAACGGAAUCAACCUCUCCAAAGACACCGGUUAAGCGUGCGGUGGCGAAGCGUACCAAUCCGGACACGAAGAUCAUCACCGAGGAGGAGGUGGAAAAGAUUUUGGCUAAACGUUUUAGUCCGGUCAUUAAAAUGCACGAGUACCUGGUCAAGUGGAGCAAGCGCAACAACGAUGAGAACACCUGGGAACCGCUUACCCAUCUUAACUCGUGCCAGGGAAUGCUGGAGUUUUUCGAGAAGCAGUUGGCCAAGCAGAAGGAACAGCGUGCGGCUACUGCUGCGCGCACUAUUCAGCAGCAGCGUCUGGAUAAGAACAAACAAGCGGGUACCGCAGUUGGCACGGCGACGGCAUCGACGCCUACUACCGUCCUACCGAAAGGAUCACCGCGCAGCGCAAAGGCGACUGCCAUCGAUCGUGUGAAGCUGUGGACUUCCGGCAGUCGAUCGCCAGGCGAUACGGAUGGUACCGAUGGCGAGAACAAGGCGGGAGGCGUAGUAAAGCGCAAACUGAACGAUAGUGACCUUGAUAACGAUUCGUCGCAGGAUGGUUUAGGAAAGCGUGCACGAACGGACGUGACGGAAGCACUGAGCAAGGUUUCGCAAAGUAGCAGCGUAAAGAUAUUCCCCAUUUCCGGCGCGAAAGCCACGGUCAAUGGUGCCGGCGGAGGAGCGGAUGGUACACAGAAGGAUGGCAACGCGGCGGAGGUGGUCAUCAAGUCACCGCGUGAUGCCAGCAUCCCGAGUGGCAUCACCAAGAAGCCAGGCACGGUGGGAACUACAGUGAACACUUCACCUCGCGGAGAAGCAACGGUUAAGAUCGUGAACCGAUCGGAAGCAGCGGGAACGCAUGGUAUUUUUAAAGUCAGCGACUCACCAACAGCCCAAAACGCCACACAGGCGUCACCCGUAGCCGGUGCGACAGGUAGCGCUGUAGUUUCAACUCCAAUUACACGGUCAGUGCCAAUCAGCACAAGUACUGCGAGUACUACGAGCGGAGACGUUACGACCCGUUUCAUACGUCGCAACGUUGAUGGAACGCCCCAGCUGUUCAAGCAGACUAUCCGCAAAGCAACAAAGGUUGUUUCAACCACACCGACGACGACGGGCGCAGCGACGGUACAGCGACAGGCCGGAGUGGUAACUAGUGGUGGUGUUCGCACCGUCACCAACAACGUCGCGGCGUCCGCCACUGGAGUGCAGAAGACAACAACGGUCGUCGGUGGUGUUCAAACCCGCACAACACUGACGCCACGCGCGGGAACAGCGGUGACCACGAACCGCACCGGCGUAACUCAAACGGUCAAAACCCCUCCGGGAGUCGUGCGAACGGCCAUCUCAGCAGCAACGAACACUUCCUCGGAAGAUAAAAUCAAUGCUCUACGCAAACAGGGUCUUAAUGUGGUGAAGAGACCGUUAGCCGGUACUCCAGGGGCGAGUUCAGCCGUUUCGUCGGCGAAAAAGCUGUCAACCAAAUCAGCCACGAGCAAGAAUGAGGAUGAGGACGAUGAAAUGGGCGAUGGAUUCCCGGGGAACCUGCCGCUGCCACCACCAAGCCCACCCCGUGCCCUCACCUUGUGUCCGGUGACGGGUAAGGUGCUUUCCCAGGCCGAAGGCGAACCGACCCCGGUUCCGAGCCCCGACGAAGCGGAGGCUGCCGAUGAAAAGAAGGAAGAGGAAUCGAAGCUUGGCGAACAGCAGCAACAGCUGACGGAACAGCAGCUGGAGGUGGACCAGAUGCUGACCAGUGAGGAUGGUUCAGCUUUCCUCGUGGCCAGUGAGGAUGGCACACUGUACCGUGUGGCGGGCAAGAAUGCCGACGGUCAAACCAUUCUUAUUCCCCACGGAGCGAACGAUGGGCAGAAUUGUCUAUUGAUGGCAUCACAGGAAGGUGAAGAGGAGGUCACAAAUGGUGGUUCGUCGGGCGUACUUACGCUUAACUCCGCCAUCUCGGAAGCAGUUGCCAUGCCACAGGAAGAGGGCCAACCGAUGAUGGAAGAACAGGAAGCACAGAUGCAGAUGGUUGGCAAUCAACAGCUGACGAUACAGACCGAGGACUCGCAAGAUGGACAAAUAACGGCUGAAAUUGUACAAGCGGGUGCCCCUUCACCGGGUGGUACUAGACGCGUCGUGUUGAUGCUUCCCAACGGGUCACUUAUGAUGACCGAAGUGACCGAUGAGCAGUACCAAUCGCUCAACCUGACCAACCCGACUGAGGAAUAGGUUUUCGUUUGCAUUCGUUACGCCUUUUAUUAAUUACUUAAGUAAUGAAUUUAUCAUUUUCUGACUAGUUAAAGCGUGCGUGUGCUAUUAGCCUUCCAUGGCUUUUUCUCUUGCAUCAUUGCAUCUCAAAUUUUCAUUUUUAGUUCCUCCACCACACCAGCCAUCUGGAUGAUGGCUAGGGUAGGGCGGGGCCACAAUUGCAGUAAAGAUAAUGAUAGUGAUUGUAUAGAAAUACAAUGAAAUCUUCGCAUAUGUAGGCAAUAGGUAUAGGUUAGCGACGAACUGCCAGCAGGAGCACAGUUCAAAUGAUAAAACCAUAAGCUCGAGAAUAGUAGAUCAGACAAGCUUCCGACGGGUUACAGUUUGAAUCGCCAUUAAUGGACCGAUUCUUUUUCAUCCUAGACUUUACCGGAAGUAUUUCUUUUCGCACAGCUUUGAUCAUCACCUCGGGUCAGAGAGAUUUGAGAUGCAUCAGGCGGUCUCCGGAAUUUAAUCGAAUGUAGCAACCGCAGAAGUACAAUCCGGUCCGGUGGCAUCAGUUUUAUUAUUCUUCAAUAAAUAUUGAUAA